UUGGCUAAUUGACGUUCUGAUGCGUGUGCUUGUCAAGUAAUGGGAAGAGAUUAAGAGUUUUGUUUCAUUUUUUUAAUGUUAAGUCAAUGCUUUGUAGUUUCUAUAAGAAUGACUAGUACUAUAGUUUUGGUAGUCAAGGACCAUAAUUUUUUUUUUUUGUGUGUCAAAUAUUGAACUUGGAAUUUCCAUAAGAUCGAGAUCGACGACAAUGGAUGCCAACCGCGAAACCAAAGCAGAAGAGGGUGUUCAAAAUGAAGAUAACUUCAUACAAGAAAACAAGCAAAGAAUCGAAGAUGAAGACAAGAGUUUCAAGAUCUCGUCCCCAAAGCUAGAAAUUCAGAAUAUUGGCAAAGAGGACAAUGAGCUUGAAUCUGCAAAAGCUGAGAUGAGUGAGGUGAAACAAGAAAAUGAGAGAUUAAAGAAGAUGCUGGAACGUAUCGAAAAUGACUACAGAUGUUUACAGACGCGCUUUUUUGAUAUCCUCCAACAUCAACAGUCAGCUUCAACAAUAUCGGACGACAAUAAUAAAUCUCUAACAAUCGAAACACAAAAGGAAGAAGAAGCUCAAGUAUCACUUUGCUUAGGCUUACAAGUUAAUAACAUUAACAAGCGGAAAAAGGAUGAUACUAUUACUAACAAUAAUAGUAGAUCUUCGAGUAUUGUUAGAGAAGAUGCCAAGUUAAUGAGUGAAGGACUUUCCCUGGGACGUCCUCCUUCGAUUGAUUUGUCAGAUAAGCAAGGAUCAGAAAGAAGUGCUGAGAUAGAUGAUACAAAAGAAGAAACUUGGCCACCAAGUAAGGUUUUAAAGACCAUGGAAGAUAGUUCUAAAGAAGAAGAAGAAGAAGAAGAAGCAACUCCACAGCCAAACAUCAUUAAAAGAGCAAGGGUUUCUGUAAGAGCAAGAUGUGACACACCUACUAUGAAUGAUGGGUGCCAAUGGAGGAAAUAUGGGCAGAAAAUAGCGAAAGGAAACCCAUGUCCGCGUGCCUACUAUCGUUGCACAGUAGCACCAUCAUGUCCUGUUAGAAAACAAGUGCAAAGGUGUUGUGAUGACAUGUCAAUUUUGACAACCACUUAUGAAGGGACACACAAUCACCCACUUCCAGUAGCAGCCACGGCAAUGGCAUCAACAACCUCAGCAGCAGCGUCAAUCCUUUUGUCUGGUUCAUCAACCUCAGAAGGUGGCCUUACAACUUGUGUUCCCACAAUGAACACUGUCAAUCUCAAUGGAUUGAGUUAUACCCUCUACAAUAAUUCAACAAAUGGACAGUUCAAUUUACCCAACUCUUCUGCACCUACACCACCAACCAUAACCUUAGAUCUUACUGCUACUCCUUCCUCGGUUUUUAAUAAAAGACUCAUCUCUAAUACUUUUCUUCAAACACCAUCUAAUAAUUACUCUUCUACAAGUCUCGACUUCUCUUCUUCAAACACAAAAAGUACAUUGUUUCCUGUUGCUUGGAGUAAUAAUAGCUACCUAAAUUAUGGUUUAUUUCCCUCAAAUAAACCUCCUAUUGGGUCCAUAAGUUUUGGAAAAUCAUCAACUUAUCAACCAAUUAGUCAUCUUAAUUCUUUGGAUGGAAUCAACAACCAAGCUGCCACUUCUUCCUCAUCUUCUCAACAGUUGUUGACUGAAACAUUAACCAAGGUACUUACUUCAGACCCAAGUUUUCAGUCUGCAGUAGCUGCUGCUAUUUCGUCAAUGGUGGGAAACACUCACAACAACCUCAUCACCAAUUUAAAUCGAACAAAUUCUGAAUGUUUGACUACUCACAACUUGAAAUGGGUUGAUCAAGUUCAAGGAAUUUCAGCCAACUCAUUGCCUCAGAAUGUUAAGGCAUGCGCACCAACUUAUCUAAAUAAGCCAACCUCAUCAACAUCAAAUUCUCAACCUUUAUUUCCCUUUUCCCUGUCUAAAAGCUCCUCACCACCAAAUCUCAGAGACUAGUACGUUCAACUAAAUACUGUGAUAUACUCAACCUAAGCUAAGGAACUAGCUCAUUUUUUGUAUCACUUGAUCGAAAAAGGCAUGCUACAUUCAACAAGAAUUGCAGUUUAUAGAUAAAUUGAACGACCAUAAAUGUAAAUCCAACUUGAUCUAAUUUGUAAAUAUUGACUUUGAUAUAUUAUUUUCAUUAAUUGCUUUAAAGUUGGGCUAGCUUUUUAAUUCUUGGUCAAA